AUGGACGACGGAAGGCACCCUCGCAUCACCACCUCAUUUCUCCUCGCCAACUUGCACUGCCCAUCAUGCGUCUCCUCCAUCCAGCAGGCUCUCCGGGAGUCGUCUAGUCACGAUGUCAUCUGGGUCUCACCAAACAUUGUCACCUCCGUCGUCACCAUUGAACACAGACACACGUCAACCCCCGAUAUCACCAUCCGGUGCAUGGCCAAGUCACUUCAAGAUGCCGGCUUCGAGAUUUGCGGUGUCACGACCACGGCUGCCACCGAAUUUGACAUGGACACCAUCACCUUCACUCAGCCUGAUUCUGGUGUCAUGAACAACGCUCACAACGGCGGCGCCCUUGAUGGCCUGCUCUCCUUCGCCCCGAGGUGGUCUUCUGAUUCACCCGAGGCUCAGCGAGAAGCCCAUCUUCUCAACUGCAAGCAAUGCCGUGAUUCAGAGGACAGCGGUGCUUCAACUGCAGACCUCUUGAACUCACACGUCAACAGUGUGCGGAGCUCGCUGUACAAUGGUCUCGACAGUGUCACAGCUAUGGCAUCAGGAGGCUCAAAAUGGAGAGUUUCCCUCUCUGUUGCCGGUAUGACCUGCGCGUCCUGCGUCAAUACCAUCAGCGAGGAACUCAACAAACAGGAGUGGAUCGACAAUGCCACCGUCAACCUGGUCACCAACAGUGCCACCGUCGAUAUUAGAGACAAGUCAAACGCUUCAAGGGUUGCGGAAGCCAUUGAAGACAUGGGUUACGAUGCCAGUCUGGAUAGCGUCACGGAAUGCGCAGAGUCAGGCGAUGAAUCCACUGGAGACGAAGGCGACGAAAAGAAAUGGCGAGCAACUGUGGCGAUUGGCGGCAUGACUUGCGCCUCUUGCGCCAACACCAUCACUGAACAGCUGAACAAGAAGGACUACGUCUCCAACGUUGCAGUCAACCUGGUAGCUAACAAUGCUACCAUCGACUUUAUCGUUGAAGGCAAGCAAGACGACAUUGUUCAGUCUAUCGAAGAUAUGGGCUACGAUGCGAUACUGGACAGAGUAUCAAGGGUCAAGGCUGAGAACAAGGGCGCGCAAGAGAGGACAGUCCAAAUCUCAAUCAAGGGCCUCUACUGUCAACAUUGUCCCAGUCGAGUAACGCACUCUCUCACUUCCUUCACGCACCGGCUCAAGGUCAUUUCCAAACCCACUCACGAGAAGCCACUCGUUACCGUCAAGUACACGCCCAGCGCGCCUUCAUUCACCAUUCGGCAAAUUUUAUCCGCCAUCGAUGCCGCCGAUCCCGCCUUCAAAGCAUCGAUUUACCACCCGCCUAGUCUCGAGGAGCGUUCCAAACUCAUUACACAAAAGCACCAGCAGCAGCUCCUCAGACGAGUUUAUUUGACGUUUAUCAUCACCAUCCCGACUUUCAUCAUUGGUAUCGUCUACAUGAGUCUCGUCCCCGACACGGACAAGGGCAAGCAUUACCUCAUGAAGCCGUGGACCAUGGGCAUCAAUCGAGCCCAAAUCGCCCUGUUCAUUCUCGCAACGCCAGUAUACUUCUUUGGUGCCGACGUCUUCCACAGCAGAGCCAUCAAGGAAAUUAGAAACCUGUGGCGCCGGGGCAGCAAGACGCCCAUCCUUCGUCGGUUCUACAAGUUUGGAAGCAUGAAUAUGCUCAUGUCCCUGGGAACGACGAUCGCCUACGUUUCCUCCAUUGGUCAGAUGAUCGCUGCCGCCAUCAACCGGCCUGCAAAAGUUGACGACACGCAAUUCUACUUUGACUCCGUUGUCUUCCUGACCCUUUUCUUGCUCCUCGGCCGCCUUAUCGAGUCGUACAGCAAGUCAAAGACUGGCGAUGCGGUCGAGAUGCUGGGCAAGCUGCGACCUACCACGGCUAUCCUCGUCACCAAGGACUCUAUUGGUAAGACCACCGACUCCAUCGUUGGCGUGGACAUGCUCGAGUUCGGAGACGUUGUGCGCGUGCCUCACGGUGCUUCCCCCGCCGCAGAUGGGAUCGUGGUACAGGGAGAGGGCAGCUUCGACGAGUCCAGCUUGACGGGCGAGUCUCGUCUCAUCAAGAAGGUACCCGGCGACGAGGUCCACGCUGGCACGGUCAACAAAGAUUCUGCUAUUCAGGUACGCAUCACAGGUGCGGCGGGUGCCUCCAUGCUGGACCGGAUCGUCUCUAUUGUCAGAGAGGGCCAGACGAAGAGGGCACCCAUGGAGCGUGUCGCCGACGUGCUCACGGCCUACUUUGUCCCCAUCAUCACCCUGAUUGCCGUCAUCACAUUCUUCACCUGGCUGGUUCUCGGCUACACUGGCGUUCUCCCUAGAGAAUACCUCGAUGCGGAGGGUAGCUGGGCUGGCUUUGCACUGCAAUUCGCCAUCGCCGUCUUCGUCGUCGCCUGCCCCUGCGGUCUCGCUCUCGCAGCCCCCACCGCCAUCUUUGUCGGCGGCGGUCUCGCGGCUAAGCACGGCAUCCUCGCCAAGGGAGGAGGCGAGGCAUUCGAAAAGGCCAGCAACGUGGACGUGGUCGUAUUCGACAAGACGGGCACCCUUACCGUCGGUGGCGAGCCAAAGGUUACAGACGCGAGGCUCUACCUCGAGGGGAGCAAACUCGAGCCCAGCAUGGUCCUGGCCACUCUGCGAGCGAUUGAGGAGAACAGCAGUCACCCUGUGGCCAAGGCGAUUGUGUCCUACUGCACCUCGCAGACCGAGGCCUGGGUCGACGUCGACAGCCUCCAGGAACUGCCGGGCAAGGGCAUGAAGGCCACGAACCGCGGGGCGAAGCCCGACGAGGCGUUUGACAUGAUUGUCGGCAACGAGUCCCUGAUGCGCGAUCACGCCGUCCUUUUUGACGAAGGCGUGUCGUCUCAACUCCAGAAAUGGAAGAGCGAGGCGAAAUCGGUCGCCUUGGUCGCUACCAGACCUACAGCUUCUACCACCCCGUCAGAAGACCACCCCUGGACCCUCGUCGCCGCGCUCUCCAUCGCAGACCCCAUCCGGCCCGAGGCGAUCCGCAUCAUCAAGGCCCUCCACGAGCAAGGCACCCGCGUGUGGAUGCUCUCGGGCGACAACGUCGUGACCGCCAAAGCCGUCGCGGACCUGGUGGGCAUCGACCCGGACAACGUGCUCGCCGAGGUCCUCCCCUGGGAAAAGGCGGACAAGAUCACCUACCUGCAAUCCGUCCUCAAGGCGCGGGCCGGCAGGUACGGAGAUGACGAGCACACGGGGAAGCGCGCCAUGGUGGCCAUGGUAGGCGACGGCAUCAACGACUCGCCCGCGCUGACGAAAGCGGACGUGGGCAUCGCCAUCGGCAGCGGUAGUGAUGUGGCCAUUUCGAGCGCCGACUUUGUGCUGGUGACGAGCGACCUCCGCGCCGUGGUGACGCUACUCGCGCUCAGCCGGACCGUGUUCCGGCGGAUCAAGGUGAAUUUUGGGUGGGCCGUCAUCUACAACCUGCUGGCGAUCCCCAUUGCUGCCGGGUGUCUGUACCCGAUUGUUGUGAAUGGCGGGCGGCAGCACGUGCGGCUGGAUCCCGUGUGGGCCAGUCUCGCCAUGGCGCUGUCUAGUAUCAGUGUUGUGCUGAGUUCGUUGGCGUUGAGGAGUAAGGUGCCGUGGCUUGGGUUCCGGGCGAAGAAGAUUGAGUAG